CAAACUACUAGCUAAAAAUCGUGUUUGAAACGACUGCUGAACAGCUCUAGUCUGGACAGGGCAAUUUCAUCAAAACGGAUCUCACUAAUUCUUGUCACGCACAUUGCUGUCACGCAGUCAGAACAACUCUUGCCGUUUAGGAUCUCAUCUACGGUCUCUGGGGGAUGGAGCUUUGGCGUCAUGAUUAGUUUCUGUCUCCCAGCAGAGAAUGCAUCACUUUAUAUGUAUAUCACCCCGGUGGUUCGCGCAAAUCAGCUUUCGAGAUGAUGAUCCUCUAUCGUCUCCCGUUCCUGCACAGGCGUGAGUCAUAACGGAUAAGGAGUGUAUUUAACUCGCCAGCGCUUCUCCUUCUUCCACCGCAUUCAAAUGGCACCCCAUCCCAACCCCCAAUUCCAUCCCAUGGAAAUCAACCCUACCACUGGCGAACCGUUUCUGCGUCUGGAGAGCCAUCCCAACAUCAUCAUCACCCCAACGCGACCAGAAGAUGCCCCACGUGUAGUCGAGCUUCUGUCCGACAAGAGGGUGUACGGCUGGUUGUGCAGUCCUCCGCACCCAUAUCUUCCCGAGCACGCCCACGGAUGGCUGCAGACAACGAAAUCCUCCGCGGACGACAUCUUAGCGCAACUUGAAGCAGCCAAAGAUGACACGGAGCUCAAAACUGUUGACGGAUGCCCCGUGCGCAGCAUCCGCGAGGUGAGGGAAGACGGGACGGACGUGUUCCUCGGGGACAUAGGCUUCAUGUUGUCGUACCAGACAUUCGAGCUGGAGCCUCUAGGCCGCACGAAGCAGGACGCUCCGAGGAGAGAUCCCGAACGACCUGAUGUCUGGAGUUGCGGCGAUUAUCUUGCGCCAAGUCACCACGGCCUCGGCAUCAUGUCCGACGCGUUUGGCACGGUAUUGCGGAAAUGGGGGAUCCCGAGGAUGGGCGUGAAGCAGAUGGUCGUCUCGGCCUCCAAGGGUAAUCAAGGGAGCGUCAGGGUGUUUGAAAAGAACGGUUUCAAGCUCAGAGACACCUACCCGGAUGCGCUGGUCGUACGAGGCAUCCUGACUAGCGUGCACGUUCUGGACUGGACGCUAGAGUGAUCGCGAGAAAUGUGAGACGAAAUAGAUGUGUAACCUACCGUGCGCUCAAAUUCCAGUUGACUCCGACCCGUGAGCCUGCAGUGCAUACCAAUGGAACCUUUCUUCCUUUCAACCACGGUGGCUUCGUCCAAGGGGUCUCACUGGACCACCAUGACACAAUUUGU